UAGAAAACACUUCACACCUACCCAUCGCCUUUCAUCUGUUCCCAAGAAGAUCGAGGCCACUUCACACGUGGAGCGUGAAGGCCACACUCAACGACCCAGAUUCCGCUUCUGUCCAGCCUCAUGUCGACAGGGGAUCCCCGAUGAACCCUCCCACCCGCUCCCUCACCCAGCGGUGACAGCCGGGAGGUGGUAAUGAAGGUGCGGGGACGUCUCGUUUUCCCAGACUCUGCUUCAAAAGCCACGGAGGUCACAUCCCGUAGUCACUGUUGACGCACAAUCGUCGGCUUUAUUCAUUCUUCUAUUAAAUAUAUAGAAAUUUAAAUUUGUAUGCCGUGCUUUAGAUCAAACGAGAGUGGGCGGAUGAGGGGCGGAGGAGGAGGAGGGGGGGCACAGUCAUCGCUUAAGAGCCCCUCGUAGAGCGCAUGCGCUUGGAUUUUGAGGAGAUUACGCCAUAUUGAAUUCCCGUAGGAAUCGGCUAGCAUUUUUUUCCCCAGCUAGCAGCGUAAAGGGGCCACUUCAUCAAUGGUCCUAAUUCGGUUGAACGUGUAAUUACUUCUCGGUUUGCAGGCCCGGACGGCUUAGCGGCCUUUGAGGGGCCCAGGAAGCGGAGCGGAUUCACAACGGGCUCGCUGCUGUUAGUUAGAGACUUGUAGAGGGGUCACCAGAGAAAGAAGUUGAAUGGAUCCGAGGGUAGCCUGGAUUCAGCCCGAACAGAAAGGACCUGCGAACGCCUUAUGGAUGCGCGUGUGGCAGACCUCUCAGGGAGUACGGGCGUUCUCCGGCCAGCAGCAGCUCCUCAAUCAAUACCACAACCAGCGCGUGAAUUACGCUGCGCUGGACGUUUUAAAAAAUGUGGCGACCGCUGUGGCAUCGGGCAGGAGCGUUUGCAGCAGCGGCAACGGUAACGUUGGUGCGAGUCUGAGCAACGGCAGCAGCCAUCACGGCAUCGUGAACGGCACCGUCGGCGUCAACGGCGCCGCGGUUUCGUCGCUGGGCAUCGCGCUGUCCAACGGGGACCUGCAGAACGCUUUCGCCGCGGAAGCGGCUGAGGGGACGAGCCUGCCCCGGACGACGGGAUCGCUGUGCUCCUCGUCCUCCUCGCAGGAAUCCGGCACGGACAGCCCCCCUUCCGGCUGCCCGCUUGUCAGAACUAUGGGUGGGAGCGUUAACGUUAAUAAAAAUGUCGGCGGCGCCAAUCUGCUCAUCAGGUUGAGCGACGCCACGGACAACAACGUCAAUCUGCUCCACCACCACCACCACCACCGUCACCUGCAGGAGCAUCCAGCUUUUUCCUCCCAGCAGAUAUGCGCCAAGCGGCUGCAGCUUCACCCCUCGGUAACGUUACCGGCGACCCACGCGCACAGUCACCACCCGGGGCGAAGGAAAAGUGACAACAAGGCGAGCACUUAUGGGAUGAAUUUCUUGCUUUCUAACUGCACUAACGGCAAUUAUGCGAGCACCUGGACGCCGUGGAAGACGAGGAAGUACAACCCCGGUGUCCUCGGGCUCCACGAGGAGGUGAUGGACUUCUACAACUUCAUGUCUCCUCGACCAGAGGAAGCAGCCAUGAGGGAGGAGGUGGUGAGCCGGAUAGAGAUGAUCAUCAAGGAGCUUUGGCCCACUGCAGAUGUCCAAAUAUUUGGCAGCUUCAGCACAGGACUGUACCUUCCAACAAGUGACAUCGACCUGGUGGUGUUUGGGAAGUGGGAGCGCCCCCCGUUGCAAGAGCUGGAACAAGCUCUUCGCAAACACAACGUGGCAGAACCCUUCUCCAUCAAAGUGCUGGACAAGGCUACAGUGCCAAUCAUCAAGCUGACAGACCAAGAGACGGAGGUGAAGGUGGACAUCAGUUUUAAUGUGGAGACUGGAGUCAAGGCAGCGAGCUUCAUUAAAGAUUACAUGAAGAAGUACCCUGUGCUGCCUUACCUAAUCUUUGUGCUGAAGCAGUUUCUGCUGCAAAGGGAUCUAAACGAAGUCUUCACCGGGGGCAUCAGCUCUUACAGCCUCAUCCUCAUGGUCAUUAGCUUCCUACAGCUUCAUCCUCGCAUUGAUGCCAGGAACCCCAAUGAGAACCUGGGCGUCUUGCUGAUCGAGUUCUUUGAGUUGUACGGCCGCCAUUUUAACUACUUGAAAACAGGAAUUCGCAUUAAGAAUGGAGGCGCGUAUGUGGCCAAAGACGAGAUUAUGAAGGCCAUGACAAAUGGAUACAGGCCGUCCAUGCUCUGCAUAGAGGACCCACUGCUCCCAGGUAAUGAUGUGGGCAGGGGUUCCUAUGGUGCCAUGCAUGUCAAGCAGGUGUUUGAUUAUGCCUACACUGUUCUGAGUCAUGCUGUGUCACCCCUCGCGCGGUCAUAUCCCAACAAAGACUGCGAAAGCACACUGGGCAGGAUAAUCAGGUUGACCCAAGAAGUGAUCGACUACAGGGAAUGGAUCAUCAAGAAGUGGGGCGGCAGGGAUGUAGCACGAACAGAUGACAGAGCGGUGCCUCCCACAGAGCCAGUGUCGGAGCAGGAGCCCUGUGUGCUGGGUGGCAGCGUCGGGUCAGAGGAGCAACAGAGGGACUCGGUAUCUCCUCACAGCGCAGACUCCCCCAUGUCCAUCUCCAGCCCUCAGCAGCAUUCUUCAGCCUCCUCUGUGUCCUCUUUGUCAGGAUCAGACAACGACUCUGAUUCCACGCUGCCAUGUACCGUCCCUGCGCCGACCCUCCCUCCAUACCCGUCUUUUCCUCCUCUGGGCCUAGCUUUGCCGCCCGGCCUCAACAUGGCCACUGGGAAGCCCAUCAUGGGAGGACAUCAUCUGCUCAUACCUCCAGGCUCACAGGCUCGUGUUACACUGCCCGGUGGUCUUGCAAUGCACUCCAUACCUGGCAGACAGGUGUGUAUAGACACCGGCCCCCCCCCUUUCUUCCACAUGCACCCCAAGCCCCAUGCUCAUGACUCCUGCCCCCUCCAGCCCCGGCCUCUGCCCAGCCACACACACAAGAACGGAGUCAAGUUCAACGUGAAGGGCUUCCACAACCCGCCGCUGGUCACCAACCCCGCCCUGGCCAACCGUGGACACACUCACACGCACACACAGUAUCAUCGCCCAACCUGGCGCCGCAGAAAGAGGGACUUCCUGCCAGUUAGCCUCAGCAGAGAGAAGCCCCUCACCUUUCCCUGACUUGUCCUCUCUGGCUGCGAAGUCUGGCUCUUCAUGUCACAGGAGGAUGGACGCGCACGCGUUCCCAGAGACCAGCAGUUUUUAUUCCGGAGCUGCCAUGACAGCUAUUAGUCCUGCAUCUUCCUCUUCCAAUCACUACACAUUCAUUUCUGCAUGACUUUUGUUCAGGGUUGUGUAGUUUUUCAGUAUUAUGUUAUUACUUUCAUUUUCUUGACCCUUGCAACCAAGGUUUACUUAUUUUAUUUUUUAUACUUUAUUCACUUUUUUAUACCGUAUAUACUUAACAAUUUUUUCAUUUUGUGCAAUAAUGUCUUUUUUUUUAUUUAAGUUGUGUGUGUAUAUGUAAAGGCAUCUUUAUACUGUUAUUUUAUGUGGGUGUGUGUGGGUGUGUGUGUGUGUCAUCAGGUUGAUGCGGACCCCUGUUACAAUCCCUCCCUUCUUUCGCUACUUGAACCUCUAUGUCUUGGUAAAAUAGGCAAGGAUCGCAUCCUGUUCCAUCAGUUUAAGGCAUUCUGGAGUGAAAAGUGAAAGGAUGAACCAAAGGGAGAGGCUGUAUUUCUGCUUGGGCCCCAAAGAGGCAGCCUGUGAGCAGACGGCGCCUUGUUUCUGGUGCGUAUGUGUCUUUGUCCCUCAGGGGACUGCGCUGUUGGUUGUAUUUGUCAGUCAGUGGAGGCAAAACUUCAUUUAAAAAGAAAAAAAACAGCUCUUCCAGAUGGUGCAGGGCUGGUUGCCUGUGAGACGGAAGCAAAGAGGCAGCCUGUUGUGUUUAGCCUGUGUGCUAGCGCGCUUCAUUCCUGCUCUUGUCUUUUCACGUGGCGCAUCGUAGGAAGCGAAUUCACAGAUCAAGGUUUAAGUUGCUAGAGCAGAGACCUUCACCUAUUGGCAUUCAACGUUCUUCGAUUGAGGGGCGCAGCGGUGGAAACCUGAUCCCAGAGGUGGCGUCAACUACGCCUACUGCUCUAAAUCACUGCAGACUAACACCAAGACUCUGAGAGAUAAGGUUUUCUCCUUUAUGAUCCUGCACAAAGGAGGAGGAAAGUGGGGAGCGGUGGGUGUGAGUGUCUUCCUGAACCAAGGACCCUGGAAAAAGGGACUUAUAUUUUGAUUCCAUUCAGGAAUCUUGUGUAUAUUUGAUUGCCAGGUACUUCCGCUAAUUGUUUGCAAUGCCUUUCAUUGUGUUUACUUGGAGUGGGCGUAGGGCGUUUAUUUUAUUUUUUUUGGCGAGCACAGCGUCACACGCACUCACAGACAGGACUUUGGACUUGGCUGUGACUCGCCCAGAACACUACACACGCUGGUGUUAUUACUAUGCAAGUAGACUCGAACUAUUGUCAACUCUCCUGUCUUUUCCCACUGGGGAACACUGUUUGUUGGGCCAGAGUAAUGUUACUGUCAGACUUGCAAGGCAACUUGUGAACCACAACCCCCCCCCCUCCCAGCCCCCCCCUCACCUGGCUUCCCUGUGUUUGUAUGAAGGCCCUGUUGUUUUAAGUCUAGUUUUCUACAUCCAUCAGGACAAAUGUGAGGAUCGGGAGAUGUCAGUGGUUGGGUCUGGGUCUGGGUCUCUGUAGUAUGUGACAUAGUGAAACAUGACUCGUGACUUGACCACUGCAGGUUUUUUAAUCAGACGCCCGGUAGCUGAUGAGCAGCUGCACCCAGAGAGCGACUUGCACUCUGCAGGUGCGCCUCAAACAAGCCCAGUGUCUACCAACAAUUCUUUAACUUUUUAUUGGGACUCUGUUCAGUCCUGUUACAUGAUUAGUGUCGUUUUUCUUUUGUUUUUUUUUGUUUGUUUUUUUUAACUUGGCAACUUUGAUCUAUCAGUCAAAACUGCGCCUACCUUUCAUGAAAUCUCCGAUUAAGAGAUUCUGUUUCGAUCAGUGACUCACAAGCCGAUGAGUUGAUGAUCCUCCUCAAAUUAGAAAAAUGAUUCUCACCGUUAAUGAUUUGACCGAAACAUUAUGAACAGAACCAGUUUCUAGACAGGUUUGUUUGCAGCCUCGCUAUGUCCUUUUGCACCUUUUUAUUCCUUUUUAUAGAGGGUGAAGGAGAUGUGUGAUGGUGCAUUCAAUGCUUAGUUGUUUAAAAGGUUAACUGGAUAUCAAGGUUUUUUGUAGUUGGUACCAUUUGAAGCCCCUUCCCCUGACGGCCACACCAGCACUGAUCAGAAGCUAAACAUUAAAUCAGUAACAUGCUCUUUACUGGGUUAGCGUUGUCUGUAACCUCACAGCAAAGAUGAACAUGUAUUUUCCAAAGCCUGUGUAGAUUAACAUCUUUGUGCAUCUCACUGGUCCAAUCCUGCUCGCUUUGGGUUCUCUCCUUUUGCCCCCAUCACUUUCCCUCAUCAGAUGUUAGCGGUUAAUGAGAGCCAUCAGUCUCGCUGCCAAAUUGCCUUCGUCCGUCCGGAUUGGCAUGAAAGUGGGUGGAAAGGAAAGCAAGGAAAGCUGUUUGGACCGCUGAGGUUUUGGCGUACACGUGUAGGUGCGACGUAAUAUUUACCCCCAACGCUCAUUGUACACUACAGUGAGGGAUUUUAACCUGGCGGCUGCUGUUCAGAGACAGUUGGCAGCCCCUUUCUGUCAUGGCUGAUUCUCACGAGCAGAGCCCUCACUUUGGACAUCUAGCUGCUGGUGUCUUGAGGAAACCCCUGCCCAGCUUUUUUUUUUUUUUUUUUUUUUUUUUUUUUUGGUUUGUUUUUGACAUUUUUAUGUAAAUAUAUUUUUUUCUAUUUUAUUUUUUAAUAAAACUUUUAAAACGGC